AUGCAGUCUACUCUUCGAGCCACGCGCUCGCAUAUCCUCCGAAAUGCUCGCUACCAGAACAUCCGAACACUAUCGACACUCCCACCCUUCCCACCAACCCACAAUGCCAUGCCUGCGCGACCACCCACUUCGGCCCUGCCAAUGCCCUUUGUGACCGAAACCGUAGGCGGCGGCUGGCACACCUACGACAUCUUCUCUCGCCUCCUGCGCGAACGAAUCGUCUGCCUGAAUGGCGAAGUAGACGAGACAACUUCGGCAAGCAUAGUAGCACAACUCCUCUUCCUCGAAGCCGACAACCCGAAUAAACCUAUCAAUCUCUAUAUAAACAGUCCCGGUGGAAGCGUCACGGCUGGCCUAGCGAUAUAUGAUACGAUGCAAUAUAUCCAGUCUCCCGUCUCAACAAUCUGCCUCGGCCAAGCAGCCUCGAUGGGCAGUCUUCUCCUUUGUGGUGGCGCACCGGGCACACGAUAUUGUCUACCACACAGCAGAAUCAUGGUGCACCAAGUCAGUGGUGGAUAUCAUGGCCAGGCAUCCGAUAUCGCUAUCCACGCCAAGGAGAUCCUGAGAGUGAGGGAGCAACUGAACAAGAUCUAUCAGAACCACUUGACGCCCAAGGAAGGCGGCACGAAACCUUUGGAGGAGAUCGAGAGGGUGAUGGAGAGGGACUUCUUCAUGAGUGCGAAUGAGGCGAAGGAUUGGGGCAUUAUGGAUAAGGUGCUUGAUCGACGACAGCAGGGUGGUGGAGGGGAGCUGUAUGUUGCUGUGAUGGUCUGGGAGUGUCUGUUCCGAAUCACGAUACCAAGACUAGGACGAAUGCUUACAGCUGAAUCUUGUCAGCAACCGUUCCGGAUCAAGGAAGUAUCAUUGCCUGGCUUUGAACGCAUUUUACACGAACCAACCAUGGUGCCUGUUGUGUGCAGACAAGCGUAUGAAGAGAGACUCCCGGCGCCUAUCGCCGCUACAACUGGACAGAUCGACCUCCAUUGA